GGAGGGCGCGGCGGAGGUGGCGGGUUCCGAGGAGGUCGUGGUGGUGGACGAGGAGGAUAUGCGAAUGCUGGUCCCCCCGAUACAGUGCACGAGAUGGGCAGCUUUGUGCAUGCUGUGGAGGGCGAGAUGCUCUGUGCCAGCACGAAUGCCAAACAGGUACCAUACUUUAAUGCCCCCAUCUACCUGCAAAACAAGGCACAGAUUGGCAAAGUCGAUGAGAUUCUGGGCCCCAUCAACGAGGUCUACUUUACAGUCAAGAUGGACUCGGGCAUGGUCGCAACGUCCUUCAAGGCAGAUGACAAGGUGUACAUUGCAGGCGAUAAGCUUCUUCCGAUAGAACGCUUCUUGCCCAAACCCAAAGUCGCC